GGAACGCCGGAAGUUCAACGAACACGCCUGACAAAUCGCUGCACGUUCUCAGUUGGAGGAAGACGAAGCGUGAAGAGAGAAAGCUUCUGCUGACGCCCAAGGCCGCCAGCCACCCGUGAAGGAGAGCCUGAGGAGGCUUGAGCCUGAGGGACUGCCGUUGAACACUCGGUGUGGCUGCCCCUACCAGCGAGUCCUGUGUACGGCACCCCCGCGGCGAAAGGACACCCCCGUAGGUGCUGGGCCGCUUGCUGGGAAACCACACACGAGUUCUGCAGUCCCUUCAAAGUUGCCGGUGGAGGCCGCUUUCAGAUAACACCCCUGGAGCUCCCUACCGGGCAUUCUGACAACUCCCCAACCGAGCCCGCCACGCCAUCCAAAACUGCUCCUCAUCCUGUCCCACCGGACCACAGAACAGAAGGCGAAAUGAAGGCCUCGGAGCUGUUUUCCACCGAGCGGCGGCUCUUUGUCCUGGUCUCCUUCAUCCUGCUCGCGGCGGCCGCCUACUUUCUGGGCCACACUGCGCGCUCCAACACGCGCUUUCUCCUCGGGCCACGGGUACUGCUGGAACCCCGUCUCCUGCUCGAGUUCCAGCAUCCCCCUCUAGUUGCCUUGAGGCCUGAAUCCGAGCCUGUUCCUGAAACCCCUCCCUUCUCUGGAAAUGUCGAUCUGCCAGAAGCCCCUCUUGCCACGGACGCCCCUCUUCCGAUUGCCCACUGCCCGAUCGAAGCGCCCCCCCAAAACAUUGGAGCGCGGGCGUGGCAGACCGUUGAGGAGGACGUCAUUCCACGGGGGAACGAGGUUUGGGGACGGGCGGGCGUGCUGUUUGACAGAUGGAACAACGGUUCGCUGCAACUAGACGAGGAAAAGUUCUAUGGUGACCGGCCGGAGCUUCUGGGUCACACCGGGGGGGGCGAGCCGGGGUUUGCGUGGUUCAAGCACUUGACGAACCUGGACGAUUCAAAGCCGGUGGAGUUUGCUUCCCGUCCCCCCCCCUCGAGCGUGCAGUUGCCCCGCUGCGAUGUCGCCAAGAUGCACCCGGAAGAACGGCUCGGGGGGGUGAGCGUGUGCGCCAUGGUUAGGAACGAGGAACAAGCUCUGGCGCAGUGGCUGAACUACUAUUACUAUCUCGGGGUGAGCAAGGUUGUGCUGUACGAUGACGGGUCCACGGAUGGCACGGCAGAAGUCGCGGCCGCGUACAGCGGGUUUGUGGACUAUGUCAAGUGGGAGAAGGAGCCCGGGCGGAACUGGGAGACGGACCAGGUGAUCAUCUACUACACGUGCAUCGAGCGCGAACUAGCGCGAGGGGCGAAGUGGGUCGGGCCGCUCGACGUCGACGAGUAUGUCGUUUUCGACGACCCAAACGAGCGGCUGGACAGCUUUUUGGAUGGGUUUGCGGGGGGGCGGCCAAACGUGGGCUCCGUGAGUUUCACGUGGCGGAUGAUGCACUCGGACGCAAUCAGCCUGCCGGACCCGGCGUUUGCGCUGUUGGACGUCCGGUAUGCGUGCAAGGACGGGGGGGACGACUGGCACCACGUGAAGACGUUUGUGCGGGCGGGCGCGUUUGAGAGGACGCAGCACCCGCACUACGUGAUCCUGAAAGAUGGCUUUCACCAGUUUGACGUGUCAGGUGGCAUCAUCGAUCCCCCGGGCCCUUUUGCCAGCCGCUCCAUCCACUCUCCUGCCCGUUUGAACCACUACCGACUGCUCUCGCUGCACGAGUGGCUGCGGAAAGCAAGCAAGCGCCACUCCCGAAAGCUGGAAGGCGGGGAGCCGUCUGCCGGCCACGCCACCAAAUCAGGGGACUACUCCCUCGAGCACUUGGAGGCCACGCUAGGCAAAUGCUUCCCAGUACAACCGGAUGCGUCAGCUUUACUGAACGUGCUGGCCCGCCAAGGCUGUCUGUGACCUACUGAUACUGGGCGUCUGGUCUAUACUACUGCGUACCGUUUGAUUGAACGGUAAAAAGUGAUGAGUUUCGCCUUGUACAGUAUUGAGAACCUUAAGGGGAACACUUGACCGCGCGUACAGCAAAGGCUCUUCGAGUUGCUAAAUUAGAUCAACCGCAGAUCACCAAGCUUUCGUAACAGCUAGUCCUGAACAGAUUGCUGACAACGGUGCGCACAAGCGCAUGUAUUGGUCACUAAUAAAGCUCUCAACUUUUGGCGAUUGCUAGCGGGCAUAAGGUGUUGCUGCAAGCUCUAGCCGCUAAUUCUUUUCUCCUCGUACAUCUGCUAAAAGAUCGGUUGAACCCGGCCCACAAUGGCUU